GGGGACCCUUCGCCGGCGCCAGCGGAAGCCACAGCCUGGUCUAGCCGAGGGAUGCUGGCCGCGCCCACCUGCUCUGGUCAGCGAGGCCCCGGAGGGUGGGAGGGUCGCUGCUGAACGCGAGCCGCCUGGCUUGCAACUGACAGAUCACCGAGCGGUCCCCUGACUUACAGAUGAAGAAAUCAGGAUCGCCUUCCUGCGUCAUCUUGGAGCAACAGCAGUAGAGACAAGAGAGGCCAAACAAGAGCAGGGCAGGCAUGUCUGAGCAGAGUCUCAUUUCAUCUGAGAGAUGGCUGCAACUGUACGGGCUCAAGAGCAAGAAUAAGCUAACCCUGAAGCAGAUCCUAGCACAGAUUGGAUUCCCGCAGAGCGAAGAUUAUGUGACUUCCCUGAAGAGGCUCGUGGCUUCUCGGUAUGCUGACGGCCUGUUCCCACAGUUCUACACAGCAGAAGACGGCCGGGUAUACAACCUGACAGCAAAGUCAGACAUCAUCUGCCGGUUAGUGGAUUAUCUAACCGAUGCUGUGGAGAGCUACAAAGAUCGCUUGGACUGGCUCACCAGCGGGAGCCGGCAGAUUUUUGGUGUCAUCUUGGAAGAGAGCAUCACCAUUGUGCUGGAUCUCAGUGGCGUUCUGAAGGAAGAGCUUAACCUGUGCCAGGAGGCCCUGAAAAUGGUCCUGCAGGAGCAGGUGGCUCUCAUCUCCCAGUUCAACAUCAUAUGGGUUUCUGAAGAGCCAGUAAAAUGGCAGAAGCGUUCCGUGGCUGUGACUAAACACUCCAUAGCUGCUGCCAUCAGCUGGGUUGAAAAAAUGAUUUUUAUGCCAGUGUAUGUGAGAGAGUGUAGCGGUCUGGAUGCCCUGCUGGAGGCCGGGAAAGACAAAACUAUCCAAGCCAUUUACUACUUUGUGGUGGGGGACAUUCCCGAGAUAUCCCAGGAACUUCUUUCCCUGAGGGCUCCGGAGAUCCCAUAUCCAGUCUGUACGGUGUCCUUCAAUGCCAGAGGAGAAAACACUGUAGCCUUCCUCAAAGAUCUGAGUGCCCAGACCAUCAGCAGAUUCCACGCCUUUGCUGAGAGAACAAACUGUCUAGAACUCUCUGCAAUCUCCACAGAAGAUGAUGACACCCCAGUGACUUGUAAUUCAAGGAAACUGAAAGGGAGACUCCCUCCAGGGGCUGGUGUCAGAGAGGAUGUGUUUCUCAUUUGGAGGGAAAUGGAAGAAGCCUGCAGCUUACUGGCUCAGUUCCGAAAGCUGGUGGACAAGUCUACAUCUCAGUUGAAAGGGGCCCCAACAUACUGCAGAACAGCAUCUGUCGAGAAUAAGGAGAAUGUAGAAGACACCUGGGACUCACGGAUGUGGCUGCAGAAGUAUGGCUUGAAGGCUCAGAAACUGACCUUCUAUGACGUGCUGGCUGACUGCUCCUUCCGCCAUGUUGACGGCGUUGUUGAUAUAAAAGCCAAGCCGGAGAAUGAAUCUGGGCAGCCCAGUGCGGACACCAAUAAAAAGACAAUCCAUGCCAAAUACUGCAGCAAAUUCAUCCACAUGCCCUGGAAGGACGGCAACUUGGUCCAUGUCAACAUCACCAAGGUGAAAUGCCAGUCGUACAGUGAGAGAAUUCACAUAGCCCUGGCCAGGAUCCAAAGGAGGAUUAAAUGGCUACAAGAUGGGAGCAGAGCCCUCUUCGGAAAAGUGCGUGGAGAUAGCAUCUACAUCCUCAUUGACACGUCUCACUCGAUGAAGAGAAAACUGGACCUGGUGAAGGACAAGGUCAUUCAGUUCAUACAGGACCAGCUGAAAUACAAGAGAAAAUUCAAUUUCGUGACAUUUGAUGGUCAGGCAAUCGCUUGGCGGGAAAAACUUGCUGAAAUCAAUAAAGAUAAUUUGGAACAGGCUCAGUUGUGGAUUAGAGACAUUAAGGCCGGCAGUUCCACGAAUACCCUGAAGGCCCUGCAAAUUGCCUUUGCUGACAAAGGGACACAAGUAAUCUACCUCUUGACAGAUGGGCGACCCGACCAGCCGCCAGAACAGGUGAUGGAGCAGGUCAGACUCUUUCAGAAUAUUCCUAUCUGUGCCAUCUCCUUCAACUACAACGACGAGGCUGCAAAUGAGUUCUUGAAGGAGCUUGCUGCUUUGACCGGAGGGGAGUUCCGAACUUAUAACUUUGGUUGCAAGGAUCCCAUCCUUCAGGAUAUUCAGGAUGAAGAUCUGAACCUCUUGCUGCAGGAAAUGCAGCAGGGCUACAGUGACCUGGAGAAGAUGCAGGAGCUGUACGCUGAGUCCCUAGUCAUGGACUGGUGGCACAACAGGGAACAGGGCAGCAAGCACCAAAAGGAACUCUCCUCCGUGAUUUCAACUCCGGAAGGGUGCGCAGACACGCCAGCUGGCAACGCUGACUCCAAGUCUAUUUCCCCCACACGUGCAUCUAAAAAAUCUUGGUGGAUGACUUUGGACGAAAAGGCACAGAGAAAGAAGAUGCGCCAUGCAGAAUCGACCAAGACAAACCUGCUCAGGAGCCAGACGGCCACCCCCAAGAGCUGCAGUGACAUGAAGCCCGAGCCCACCUCCAGCUGCUGCGACGGUGAAGGUGCUCUGAGUGACAGAGAAAUGAACAUCCUGCUGAUGAAUAAGUACCUAGAUGACAAAUGGUCAGAAAGGCUCAUUGGAAGUAGAAGCCAAGACGUUGACAUCAUCUUUUCAGACAGGUCCUCUGAAAACUGGCUGAAAACCCACGGCCUGGUGGCCAGGAAACUCACCAUCAUGGAUGCCUUGGCCGGAAGCACCGUGAUCCACAGAUCCAUCUAUGUCCCUGUCCUGAAUAAGCACGUCGUCUCCAGGGUCUUUGAUGAGGUGUUCCCUCUGACACACGUGUGCAAUGACUCCAAUAAGAUUCUAUUGAUUAACCCCCAAGGAGCCAACCUCAAUCUCUACAAGCAAAAUGUGGAACUGGCCAUUAAAUCUUAUGAAAAGCGUUUAAAUAAAAUUGUCUGGCAAGCUCUGUCUCAAGAGGAAAAAGAAAAGUUAGAUUCAAUCAAGCCUAUACAGUAUUUGGAAAACAAGGCAGUCUUGAACAAAGCGCUGGAGCGGCUGAAUUGGCCCAUUUCGUUGAAAGAGCUGUUGGUACUGGAGAAUGAAAUCUUGGUUGGGAAGAUGUACAUCCAGCAGGCCAUGGAGCUCCAGGAGGCUGCCAGGAAGAACCGUGUCAGCAAGGCCCUAGAGGAGCAACAGAGAUUACAAGUGUAUUCAGCAAAGAAAAACAAAUCAAAAAGAGUAGAUUACCUGAAAGGCCAGAGGGUCAUUGCCAGAUGUGAGGAGAAUGGCUUCUAUUUUCCAGGGGUUGUGAAGAAAUGUGUGAGUCCUACGGAGGCCCUAGUAGAUUUCAAGUAUGGAGACACCAAGAUUGUGCCCAUCUCCUUCAUCACACCUGUUGGGGGCGCCAUGCCCUGCCCGCCACUUCAGGUUGGGGAUUACGUGUUUGCCAAAAUCGUGACGAGCAAAGGCUUUGACUUCUACGUCCCUGCCAUCGUUAUAGCUCUUCCAAAUCAGAAUGUGGCAUCAGAGAAAUUCUAUACAGUUUUGAAGUGUAACAACCGCAGAGAAUUCUGCCCUCGGAGCGCACUUAUUAAGAUCAGCCAGAACAAGUAUGCUGUCUCUUGCUCUCAGAUAAAAUCAUCCCCCGCUGAGAAGAACCAUUUAGUAAAGGAAGCAGAGACAAGUAACACUUCCCCUCUCUGGACGGUGAUCGAAGAAGACUCUGGGGAGACCAAACAGCGACACGAGAACCUUAGCAAAAAGAAAAAGGAGCCCACCAAGAGGUCGCCUCUCCAGGAGAUGCUCUCAGAUUCCGACGGCUCUUCCCAUGGCACCAGGUCCCCAGAGUGUGCCCCCACCAAGCCCCCAGAGCGCGCCCCCUCCCCUGAGCCCGAGGUUGGGGGUUGGGAGGCGCCCUGAGCCUGGCUGACGCUUCGAAGCCUCCAUCAAGAAUAGUGUAUGUAAGAGCGCGUCCCCUCCCCUCCCCCAGUUUUCCAAGCCAGCGUAGGUCCCAGCACAACAAAAACACCACCGCCGCCACCACC